AUGAUUAAAUUACUCUAAAAGAUAGAUUAAUUUGGAGUGACAUUCUAAUCCAGAAUCCAAUAUUCAAUUUCUCAUUAUAAGACAAAUUUUGGAGGAGCAAUGUCUAUUAUUUUAUAUGGAUUGAGUUUGGCAUACUUAAUUUAUAUUAUCAUCCAAUGGAGAACAGGAUAAAUCCUACCAAAAAUUACUACAUCCUCAAAAGUGGAAAAUAAUGAGUAUUUUGAACUCAAUGAAAAAUUCGUUGAGGUUGAACUAAGAAAAUUUGGUUAUUCUAAUAUUGAUCCUUUUAAUCCUAAUGCACUUAUUCUUUAACCUCUUUUAUACGUUUUCAAGAAUGGUAUACCUUUGAAUAAGCCACUUGUUCCAAUAUAUCAAAUAACUACUAAAGAAGAUAAAUUUCAUCUAAUAAGUUUCUCCAAUUUAUCUUUGUCAAUUAGUGAGAUGAGAGAUUAAAUAUAUCCAGAAUAUGAAGUCAUGCUUACUUUUGGAACUUGUCUUUAAAAUUUUGUAUAAGAAGGAUAAACAUGUGCAAAUGAAACAAUUAUCGAAUAAUUUAAAAAAUAAUCGACCAAUACUCUUAUUGUAAAGUAUUUUGCCAAAGAAUUUAAUACUAAAACAGAAAAUCUAGAAAUUAUUGGAAGAGAGUAAAUCAUUCCUUUACAAUCUAGUAAGGUAUUUCAGACACAAACAUAUAUUUAAAUUACUAAGACAUCUGUAGAUGUAGGUAUGUUAUUAGAAUCAAAAAAUGAAUAUAAAUACAUAAAUGAAUAUCGUGUAGUAGGUUCCACUCUAGAUUUAGAAUAUUACAAUGAAUUUUUUGGAUAUAAUGUUUAUAUAGCAUUCUUAUAUAAAAUAGAUAAUAUUUAGAUUGAGAUUUCAAUUGUUUACACAAAAAUAAGUGAAAUACUUGCAGAAGCAGGAUCUAUUGCAUCUACUCUAUUGUUAUUAUCUAAUUUGGUUAUAUUUUUUAAUAAAAAAUAAUUAGAAUUUGAAACAAUUAAUAAUGUUAUUUAGAUAUAUUAUCCAGAGAUUAAAAAUACAAAAAUAACAAGGAAUAUAUUUGGAUAAAUAAAAAAGGUAGAAAAGAAUGGAAAGUAAUUGGAUUUAUAAUCAUUUAAUAAAUAUUAUCAAAAAUUAUCCCAUAUUGGUGAAAUCAAAUUAACCAUAUUUAACUAAAUUUAUGAAAUAUCUAGGCUAUAAUUCUUAUUGUAGAAUCUCUUACCAUCAAAAACAAUUUAAUAAAUUCAUCAUUAAGGAAUACCAUUCCAAUUCUAAUAUACAGAUAGUAAUAAAGAAGAAGAAUAGUCAAAUAUUAAUAAAAUAGAUUAUAGUAUCAAUUAAGAUUAUUAAUAUAAAUUUAAUACUAUUGUAUUUAAUUAUUUUUAUAUAGAUUCCAAAUAAUAUUAGUCCACCUAACAUUAAAAGCAAUGAUGUUUAAACUAUAUCUCAGACUGAAUAAAAAUUAAUUCAAAGUCAAUAAAAAUUAUUAGAAAAUAAUCUUAAUACAUAAGUAUAAUAAUUAAAAGACUCAGACUUCGAUCUAUUGAUUCAACCAAAAAGUGAACUUCAAUUUAAUUAACUUUCAAAUCAUCCUGAUACAAUUAUUUAAUCUGAAUUGUGA